AUGUCGGGUGCGGAGGCAAUUAUUGCUUUCGGUAUCGCUACUAAUGUCAUCCAAUUCAUUGACUUCACGGCGAAGCUAUGUGGCCGAAUACGGGAAUAUGCAUCAGGCUCCGGCUUGCCGAAAAAGCUCGCCACCCAAGCCGACCGUCUUUCAGACCUUCUGAUUAUCCUUGAAUCGCUGAACAAGGCCUCCAAUCAAGCAGUCUUGAGCGGCCAGACCCUGGCACGAUGUCAGACUCAAGCGCAGGACUUGUCCGGUAUUUUGGAUGAUCUGAAGAGCGAUGGCCAAAGGCAGAUUUGGGCAAAGAAUGCAAGAAGAGCAUUCAAGUCGCUCAAUCGUUCUGAUCAGAUUGAAGAGCUACAAGGUUUUUUAGAUAGCCUUGUCGGAGUUUUGAGCCUUCAAUUGCAGGCUGAUACGAGAUCCGCAUCAAGUCAAGUACAAACAAAUACCGUGUUGAUCCUUGAACGGCAGCUUGAGCAGAUGUCGCUGCUGAGCGAUCUGAGGCACAUGGCAGGCUUGAAGGAUCAGAUUAACGACAAUGCCAGCUUUCUAGACAAGGUCCUAUGGAUGGUAUCUAUAGGACGGAAUCCUACCUUCGUCGGACGCACUGCGGUGAUGUCGGCCUUGGAGUUCAGGCUUGCAGCCAAACCAGAUGCUGUGCCAACGGCGGUCUUGUGUGGACUAGGUGGUGUUGGGAAAUCCCAGAUUGCCCUGGAAUACGCAUACCGAGAGAGGGAACGGUCUGCGAACACAUCAGUAUUCUGGAUUCAUGCUGGUAAUGCAGCGAGGUUCGUCGAAUCUUACAAGCGCAUCGCUUCCGAAUGCCAGAUACCGGGCAGAGAUGAUCCAAAUGCAGACGUACUCCAGCUUGUCCGCGACUGGCUGGAGGCCAAGUAUGAGUGUCCAUGGCUAAUGAUUGUUGACAAUGUCGAUGACCGCCACAUGUUCUUUGAAACUUUUAGCUACGUUGGCAAAGCUUUGAGGGAGUAUAUCCCCCAAAGUUCCAAAGGUUCAGUACUCUACACGACAAGGAAUAGAGACAUCGGCAUGGACCUCGCUCUUGAUCGAGUUCCGAUUACCGUGCCUUCCAUGGAUGCGCAUGAGGCCCAAGCGUUGCUUGGUCAGAACAUCAUAGCUGAGAGUACAGAAACCGAGCAGCUUGAACUCCUCGGAGAGUUGGUCUAUCUGCCACUGGCGAUUUCUCAAGCCGCAGCUUUCAUGGCGAAAAGACGCAAAAGCGUCGCCGAAUAUAUCAAGCUAUAUCGUGGCAGUGAAUCAACUAGAAUUAGGCUUCUUGGUCAACGAUUCAAUCAUCAUGGUAGAGAAGCAAGACCGUUAGAGUCAGUCGUGACUACGUGGUGGAUAUCGUUUAACUACAUCAAGACGGAAAACCCGCGAGGUGCGGAGAUAUUGUCGAUGAUGAGCUUUAUGGAUCCGCGAGGGAUCCCAUUCUCCUUGUUGAUAGCAGACGGAGAAGAUGAGUUUGAUUUCGAAGAAGCGAUGGGUCUAUUGGAAGCAUUUUCGCUCGUCACUUUGGACACGCACCGCUACGCAUGCAACGUCCACGGUCUAGUCACGGUGGCCGUCCAGGGUUGGCUCCGCGAGUACGAAAAUAAAUGCGAAACGAUCGCAGCACAAGCGUUGAAGACGGUAUCCGACAGGUUUCCAGAUGGCUUCUUUGAGAGUUGGCCGACCUGCAGAGUCUACUUUCCGCAUGCGGAAGAGGUCCUUCGCUCCAGUGCUGUUGUAAUUCAAACCGCGUCACUACACGCUAAAGCAUCUCUGUUACGCAAUAUGUCAACCUUCCUCAGGAUGCAAGGCAGGUACGAGGCCUCAGAAUUGAGAGCUGUGGAGUCGAUGCAGGUUUUCGAGCGUUUGUAUGGCUCUGAGCAUCCAGAUACGCUGUCCGCCAUGGAAAGCUACGCACAUACUGUCCACAAACGUGGCAGAGGCAGAUCUUUGAAGUCAAGGGAGAAAGUGCUUGGAAUUGGUCAUCGAGCCACACUUGAGAGCUUGAAUGCUUUGGGGUCUGACCUACAAACCCUUGGUCAGUACAGAGAAGCCGAGGAGAUCCAUCGUCGAGAACUCGUUGAAAAGCAAAAACUACUCGAUGGGCGGCCAGGAGAUAUCGGGAUCAAGGCGGACGUCUUCAUUGCAAUGAACAAUGUCGCUCGUGUGCUUUCUCACCAACGCAGAUUCAAGGGAGCUGAACAGCUACAUCGGGAAGCAUUGUAUAAGGGUGAGCUUGUUUUAAGACGUCUUCACCCAGAUGUGUUCAUCACACGUGGGGAGCUAGCAGGUACGGUUAGAGAUCAGGACAGACUGGAUGAAGCUGAGCAGAUGUACAACGCUUUGCUAAAGGAUCGAUUAGAAUCGCUUGGUGAUCGCCAUCCUGACACGCUUAUCACUCUGAACAAUUUAGCAAUAGUCUCUGCCCGCCAAGGCAAGCAUCAGAAAGCAGAAAGUAUCUAUAGGGAAGCCCUGCUUAUUGAGCAGGAUAUUCUCGGCGUCACUCACCCUUCCACAAUCAACGUCAUGCACAAUCUAGCAUGUUCCGCUUGCGACAGGAAAGACUAUGCACAGGCGGUAACCGAGUUCAAGGCCGUCUUGGAGCUGCAGAAGAGAGUCAUUGGGCCUACUCAUCCACACACUAUGCACACUCGGCGCAAUCUUGCGAUCGCACUGAGGAAGUCUGGAGAUCUUGAACAGGGAGACAAGCUGGACACUGAGACCUUGAACAUAUCCGAUUCCUUGCAUGAAGAUAAAGAAUCAGAACAGUUACAGACACUCGAAAACCUCGCCAAGAGCCUUACAGAUCAAGAAAGGUAUGAGGACGCUGAGGCAAUUCGCCGUCAGGAGUUGGAGCUUCGACUGGCUUCCGGCGAAGAUGAGAAAGAAAUUCAAGACAAUCUUGACGCUCUUGCUUUUCUUCUUGGCCAGCAGGGAAAGCAUGAUGAAACCGAACGUAUCUUUAAGCAGAUAUUGGACUACAGGACCGUGCACUACGGACCUGAGCACGGAGAGACUUUGCAGACUCUGUGGAACCUGGCGCUGGUCUACCGCGAGCAAGAAGACUUUUUGAACGCUGAAGCGAAGUAUGUGCAACUGGUGGGCAUCCAGUCCAAGAUCCUUGGUGUGGAUCAUCCGAAGACUCUUGACAGCCUCACGCAGCUUGCAUGA